GGGCCGAGCGAGCUUUUUUAAAGCCCCAGCCAGUUGCGAUAGCAACAGUGUUACAGUGUGGAGUCUGACACACAAACCUACAGCAUUAAAGUGUUCAUUAUAAACUGUAAGAUGUUCAACAACCUUCUCAAGGACUUUGAAGACGACCCGUUUUUUUCUGAUCCUUUCCGCAUGCACGAUGAACGCAUGCAAGAAAUGAUGAGGAAUUUUUCGGAUCCCUUCAGGCCCAUUGUCGCAGACGGCCGGGACAGAGGACGCAGGCAAGAAGAAGGUCAGCCUCGCUCGAGCGUAGCCAUCGCCAGCGAUCACAGAAAUAUGAAUUUCUUCAGGAGCCCUUUUGCAACAAUGGAUAACAUGAUGGCAGACAUGAGGAACAGAAUGGAGGAAAUGCACAGAAACAAUGAGAUCUUGCCACCAGACUCGCACACAUUCAGCUCCUCCUCAUUCAUGACUUAUUCUAAAGUAGGAGACGAGCCAGCCAAAGUAUUCAAGGCCUCCACCGAAACGCUCUCUGCCCCCGGAGGAAUUAAGGAAACAAGACGGGCUGUGAGUGAUACUGUGACUGGGGUAGAAAAGAUGUCCAUUGGUCACCACAUCGAUGAAAGGGGACACAUCAUUGAGAAGAAACGCAACAAAAAGACGGGGGAAAGAGAGUUUAACCAGGACUUUCAGAACAUGGAUGAGACUGAAGCCCAGGCCUUCGAUGACGAGUGGGAGCAGAAGGUGUCUACAUUUCAGCCAGCCGCCAGGAUGUCCCGUCUGGAGGCCCCGAGAGCCAGAGAGGCUCACCGAGAGGCCAUCACCAGCCCUGCACACACACACAAAGAAAGAAACACUAAACCAGCAGAAGUGAAGAAGAAAACACACCUUUCGGAGCUCAGCAUUCAAAGCGCCAACAUGAAGAAAAAGUAAAAACUUUACAAACUG